CUCAAAUAAAAAUGGCGUCAACCGCCAGGGUGUUGUUAUCCACCAGCUGAUUAUUGAUUUCAGACACUAAAGGAGAUAAAAACCGAAAGGAAGUCGCAGUGGAAUAGCUGAUAGCUGAAAUGUAAGUAUUCCUCAUAGGAAAAUUACCUGAAGAAGGCGAUACUAUUGCACUUUUGGUUCUGAAGCCGCUAAAUUCGGCUUGGAUGCCUGGGCCUGGAUGUCGUGUAUUUAACAACAUUUGCUCUUGUCUCCGGUAUAACUGUCAAAGACAAACGUUAUUAUAUGCUGACUACCAAUUGACAAAAAAAAAAUCGAAAUCUUCGACUUCCGCCUUUAAUAGCUGUCAUUCUUUUAAACCAGGGGCUGUAGUAGUCGGAAGGGACCUAGAUCAACUGUGUUUAGUCUGUUUAACAAAAUAGUUGUUAAGCCUUCCAAAAUAAGUUGUUUCGCCCUCCUGUUCACAAAAUGGACAAAACAGGGCUACAUUUCUUCUGUAAUAUGCAUGUCGAUUGUAGUAUCACAUGCCUGGGUUGAUCAGAUUGAGUCAGGGGGAGGGCCGGUAACUUCCAAAGUUAACUGUAUGGAUACUUGCUGUUCUGGGGUGGGGUUUUGACGUAAGCAGUACAAUUUUUGUAGAACUGGUUUGCAAAGGGCACCUGAACAUUGUGUUUAAUGGGCUGAGGGUUCCAGACUUCCAAAGGCACACAAAUGGAAAUUCAUGUUUCCCUUGCAUCAAGAACCCAGUCAGACCGGGGGAGACCGGGGUCAAAGCCUGGUCCAAAGGCCUCACUUAGCCCAGCUGUAGGCUGGGCUGACAAGUGAUAAAAAUCCGGAGAAGCCGCAGCUAGCCUGGCCAAUACCCACAGGAAAAAAUAACGGAUUCCCAUUUUUGGAUAUUUUUGGGCAUUUAAAGAAUACCCACAAAAAUCCCAAAUUUGGAAGAGUGAGACAAGUCCCAAUCAGGGAACUUGGUUGGGAAUUCCCUGGUUGGGACUUGUCUCACUUUGCCAAAUUUGGGAUUUUUAUGGGUAUUCUUUAAAUACCCAAAAAUUUCCAAAAAUGAGAAUCCGUUAUUUUUUCCUGUGACCAUAACAGAGCGAAUGGCCUGGCUUGUCCAGGCUAGCUGGGGAAAGCGCGGCCAGCCCGGCCAGUACCAUAACAAUAAUAUUGAUAAUAUUUAAAACAAUGAUAAUAAUAAUAUUAAUAUUGUGCUUUACCAGGGGGGGAAGAGACAAGGUCUGGGACCGAGAAACGAUGUUCUCACAACUUGCAAAGCGGUCACCCAGCGUGGUGGUCAGCGGAUAAUACAGUAUUUCUCCCACAGUAAAUAUUUUUAGACUUUUUAGAAGCAAGAAGCGAACCAACAGAGGAAAUCAGAAAUGCCUAAAAAAUUGAAAAAAAUCAUAUCAUGCAUCUUUGUUUUUCUUGCAUAUCAUAUUUGUCUUUCGGUACUGAAAUGCGGGGGAAACUAAAACGUAACCGUGCUAGAUCUUAACCAACAACAACGCGCUCGAUAGAUUUAUUUAUAGGUUACAUCGUUUUUGCCGGGCAAGGAUAACUUGAUGCUGAUAAAAAUUACUGGAGCAAGUGUCAAAUUUAUCGGAAGCAAGUAUAUUCAAGAGAGCUUUAUAAAAAUGAGCUUACUGCUCUACAUAUCAUAACUGAUGAAUAAAAAUUAACACUUCAUAACAUUUCACUUCCUUUAGUUCGAUCAGUCAACACCUUGAAUCCAAAGUUAAAAUUCAAAAUGAUCCUAAAACAAAUCUCAACUACUACUGAAAGCUCUGUACCUUGGAGCGACUUUAACUUUCCUAAGGUUUGCAGCAAAACACUGCUCGAUAGCUCUGACAACUCUUCGGCGGUUCUUAGCAGCUAUACGGAGCUAUAUGUUGCAUAUUCCAAACUCUGCAAAGGGAAAUUGUUUAACAGACAAAGAAAACCACACACUAUGUCUGAAAAGCGACAUAAAAUCAAUAAAUUUGCGAAUUACCAAAAUAUAAUAGUGAGAAACAGUCCUGCCUUCGACUGCCAUGCUUUUGUUUUUUCUCAAGACCGUUGAUCUAUUGUUUUUGAUGUAAUGCACAUGAUCAGUACACAAAUCCACUGGCAAGACCUUUGGUGAUCGCUUUGCAAGUUGUGAGAACAUCGUUUGGAUUUCAUUUAAGAGAAUGUAUGGGAAGUAGCUUACCCCCCCCUCCCCCCCCAAUGACAAGUAAACCAUGAUGAAGUUUAAAAGCCAACUUGACAAUAGCUCUUUUGUUAUUGAAAGGUGAACAGGUAGGGAAGGGGGACAAAGAAUCUUGAAAAUCUCACAACGAAGUCAAGCUGUAGUUUUAAUUAUAGCUUCUGUGUAAAUUUCUAAUUGAUCAAUUCUAUGAUGGCUUGGUAUCUUGCCCCAUUAGUUUGAUUUGAGUCAGUGAUGGAUAAUAAAAUACAUAUGAUAUGCAAUGCAAAGAAAGUUGUGUCCAAUAGCCCGGGCCAGUGGAUAUUGCUAUUGGGUUGGUGAAUUCUGUUCUUAACUUGCCCGACAGGCAUCAGUGCUGUUUUUUUUGGGAAAUUCAAAUUACAGAAGGAUAAUUGAAAUCAAUCCUGCUAAUCGAAAAGUGUUUUGGGGAUAGUUGAAAUGACUUGUGGGCUAGUAUGUACAUGCUUACUAUGCCCAAAUGACAGGCACUAAAACUGACUUUCUUUGCACCCUGUCUGUAUUUUUAAAAGAAGUAAUGCUCAGUGAAAAAGUCACUGUGUUGUUUCUUUUUUAUAUGAAAGGUAUUCCAAAUAAAAAUACAUAAAUAAUAAAAAUUUAUUUAAUAAGUAAAAUUCCAAAAAAACACAAAAACACAAAAAACAAGGAAAUCUGUGGAGCAGAAGUCUUGUGGCUGUUGAAGUGUAACCGGAUGUGUUUGUGAAAAAAAAAAGAAACAGUGAAAAAUAAAUUCAUAAACUCACUGCGAAGUUGAUGUAUUGAAAUACAAGGUUUAGAGGCAAAUAGGAUUUCAUUUCUGCUGUCCACUUAAAGGACCUUAAAACAAAGCUAAUAACUUAACUUAAAUAAAUCCAAAAACUGUCUGGGGCUGCUAAAGGCAUGGGAAUGUAAACAUACAGUGUUUGUUUGGGAAUUGAGACAAGGUUUUGUGAAAGCAACAGGUUUUUGCUGAGUAAAAGUCAAGCCAUUCGCUUAUGAGAGUGUCCACUAAGAGUGACGGGCUUCCACGAGACAAUAAGUAACUUCUGAAUUCAGCAUAUUAAAUUAUUGUUUUGGAAUUUUCAAAACGUGUUCCUUGACGAUGCAAACUGAAGGAGCCAUGAACUUGAUAUAUAUUUUGGAACAAGUAAUCCCUAUGUCUGCUUAUAAGUGGGAAGCAUGUGGCUCCUUAAUUAAGGGUUGUCCCAGCCUAAUUGCUAGCUGUGUAGUCCCCAGUUCAACUCUUUGGCUAAUUGCUUGUGCAUGCAGCCAACUCUGGUUUGUCUCUGGUGGCUAGUUGGGUCUUGUUUGUUUCAUUGUGGGUGGGUGCUCUAUCCACUUGAACUACGGAGAACUCAUGGAGAGUGAGGCCAUUAUACUAGGUUCAUAUUUAACACGCAUUCUUCAUACUGCAAGGAUCAGCAACGUCGAUGUCGCACUCAGUGGGUUGAAAGAAUGAAAGAUGGUAAAUUUUAAGGUCAAUGAAACAAAUGUGAAAAUUAAUUAAUCAGCAUGUCACCAGCGUGAGACAAAGAAAAAAUCUGAGUCCCCAAGAGGAUUCGAACCUAUGACCUCCAAAACACUGGGCAGGCACUCUAUCCACUUGAGCUAUGGAGUUCUAGAGUGCCCGCCUGGUGUUUGGGAGGUCAUAGGUUCGAAUCCUGUCAGACACUCAGGUUUUUUCUUUGUCCCAUGCUGGUGACAUGCUGAUGAAUUAAUUUUCACCUUUGUUUCACCGAGCUUAACAUUUACCAUCUUUCAUUUUUGUCACCAAUAAUAAAUCUGUUAAAAGAACAGUCUUCAAAUUUUUUAAAUUUUUAUUAUAAUAUUGUUCUGUUUUUUCCUUAAUCCUUUAAGCCCCAAUAUCCAGAUACAAAUUUUCCAAACUGAUCUCCAUACAUUUCCUUCAAGAAUUAGUUGAGAGAAUUUGAUAGAAGAUCAAAGCAUUUUUCUCUUUAGUGAUCAUUUUAUAAAUUCUCAUUACCUUAUCUCUUGGCAAGGUAUGAAUAUUGUAGGGAGAAAAUUGAUGUUGGUCACCAUUGGGACUUAAAGGGUUAAUUUGAAACAAAUUAUGUUCUGAAAAUCUUCCUUCCUAUACUUGUUUUGUAAGUGGACAUAGUUCGUUUUCUGGUCACUGUCGUGCUAUAAAGAGCUAAAACUUACCACAAACCAGAUUACAGGUCGUACACUUCACGGCCUUCUGAUCCAGAUGCAAAUAUAUUUUAGCUUGCGAAGUUCGGGCAUGCGAAGAAAGCAAAAUUUCGCUUUCUCUCCUCCCCUCUUUUUUCGCUUUUCUUGCCUCAUUUUUUUUUCUCUUGCUGGGCAUUUAGUAGGCUUCAUUUUGGUGGGAAUAGUUUUUAGGAAAGCUUUUAGGAUCUUAGGAUUAGGUGAAAGAAAAGGUAGGUGAGCAAUGGAACAAGAUUUCCAUGGAGAUUUUCAGGUCAAUGUUACAUGAUUUUUUGCCUCUUUCUCCGCUGUCCUUGACUGAAUUGUGCUCAUUCUGGUAUGGUUUGAGAGAUCUCUUCACUCUGCACAAGUUAGCGGACAAAGUUGUCCUUGAUCGUUAAAACGGAUGACGUCACAAAGGGUAGAAAGGACGUGGAUCUGCACGGGCGGUUACGGGCGGUUCAGGGGCGAAUGGGUUAACAGAACCCACUAUUAAAGUGUUAACAUCCUUCUUUACAUUGCCAGUAACCACUAGCAGGUUCUUUUACUUGUACUGAAGUGGAAUACCAUUUCAUCCAAAACGGUUAAAAAAGCUGUCACUUCCUUUUAAAUUACAUUCCAGUUGAUGACCUAACGUACCAAUAACAGUGAAAUGACAAAAUUAUCACUGUAUUUUUAUUUUAAAUGUUACUGCAGACAUUUGAAAUUAUUUAUUUCAUAUUUUAUUCAUCUUCACAGCCUCUUGUUUUUUUAGUUCUAACCCGGUAACCAUUCACUAUUCCUGUCUAUGGCAGCAUGCUAGAUACCAAACAGCUAUUGUACAAGCUUAGCCCAGCCACAAAUGUAUCAAUAGAACUCUUUAUUGGAGCAACCCAAAAUCUCGUCAAUUUAUGUUGCUUUAUUUAUAAGCUGAGCCGCUGAAAUAUCAAAACAGGGCUUACUUUAAGGUUGUCUGUAAUAUCUUUUACAUUAGAGCCUUCUUCUGUCGAUACUCAGUUACAAUUUCUUGUUAAUAAAGUUAAUGUUUGUUUGUUUUUUGCUUUCAGUCAUCCCUCAUGGCAGCCUCUUCUGAUCAAGAAUUGGAAUUUGAAAAACAGAAAUCAAGUAGUGAUACAGUACGUUAAGCCUCUCCAAAGCUGUCAAUUAUUCUUCUUUUUAUACCAUAUAUUAAGUAGCCACAGAAGAUUUAGAAAGAAAUGUUUACUUAAUUGUUUUUUCCCUUUAAACUUAGGCAAUAAAAAAACACAACAUUUCUUUUGUUUGAACUAGAGCCUAGAGACUCAGAGCAGGCAUAACCGCGGCAUGAAUAGGAGACUUAAUUUGAUCUGGCUGGUCAUCAUGUUCGACCAUAUGUAGUUAUAAGGAUUUUGUUAGACAUACGAUGGUUAAUAUAGUCACGUAAGCUAGGUUCACGACUACACGAUCUUUAAAACCAUUGUGUCCAAAUUUAAGACUUUGAGACGGUCAUGAUUCCGAGAGAGCCUUAGAAACUGAGAAUCUUCAUUACUGGAUAUUAAACCAUUCGACAGGUAUAAUACGGUGCAGUGAAACUUCUCAGCAAACAAUAAAUUAUAUGAAAGUAAUAAAAUUUGGGCUCGGUUAGCUUUUGAUGGUGAAUUAAUCUGUCUUUUGCAGGCUGAAAAUUUUCCUCAGAUCACCACCUCAAGCACUUUACGAGUAGAACCAGGUCAAAGUGACGAUUUUUCUGCCAGGUCAAUACUAAAAGUUACCCUUCUGGGAAGUGAGUGGAAUUCCUCAGAGGGUGGUUUGUCAACAUUAAACAGAGAACUUGCAAUUUACCUUUCAAAACAUCCCAAAGUGGAAGUAACAUUGCUACUUCCCGAGGGAGUUUGUAAAGAUGAGGAGAAAAGAGAAGCUGGAAGCUAUGGAAUUACCAUUGUUGAAGCAAAGGAACAAACAGGGUUUGAUCCCCUUGACUGGUUAAGCUUCCCACCUAAAGACCUCAGCAUCGAUGUCAUCAUUGGGCAUGGUAAGAAACUUGGCCGGCAAGUCCAAGGAAUACGAAAUUGUGCAGAAUUUAAGAAUUGUAAGUGGGUACAAGUGGUACAUACUGCUCCAGAAGACCUUGGCAAAUUCAAAGACUACACUAAUCCUACUUCUAAAGGGGAAAGAAAACAUCAAGUUGAGGUUGACCUUUGUAAGCGUGCUGAUCUUGUCAUGCCUGUUGGACCCCGACUGACAGAAUUUUACUCUUCAUAUUUACAACGCUACAAAAAUGAAAUGGAGGUGCUUUCAUUUACUCCAGGACUUUUUGAAAGGGAGUUUGGGGAUUUGGAACAAGAUGUCAAUAACAAUGCAGAUUUUAAAGUGUUAAUUUUUGGUCGGGGCGACAAGGAAGAUUUUGAGCUUAAAGGGUACAACAUUGCUGCCAAAGCAUUUACUGACCCACGGUUGGAAAAGAAGCUUUAUCAACUGAUCUUUGUUGGUGCUCCUGAAGGAAAGGAAGAAGAAGUUAGAGAAAGACUUCUACAGUGUGGUAUCGCUAAAGAACAGCUGAUUGUGAGAACAUUUACACAAGACAGAGACAGUAUAAAAGAUUUACUUUGCGAAGUUGAUCUUGCCAUCAUGCCAUCAAAAUCAGAGGGAUUUGGUCUUGCUGCCCUCGAGGCUUUGUCUGCAGGCCUACCCAUUCUUGUAGGCAGUAGGUCAGGAUUCGCCAAGGCAUUAGAGAACAUUCUCCAUGGCCAUUCAUGCAUUGUAUAUUCAGAUGAUCCUGCAGAAUGGGCAAAAUCAAUUGAAGCUGUUCGUACCAGGCAUCGAAUGCGGCUGGAGGAGAUUAAAGCAUUGAGAACUUCCUAUGGAGUGAUGUACAGUUGGAAGAAGCAAUGUGAAGCCCUCGUGGAGAGGAUGUGGAAAAUGGUUUAUGGUAUGAUUGCACUAGAAUAGUGGUUUAUUGUAGGACGGGAACAUGUAGUAACAGUAAGAUGAUGUAAUUCGUUAUACGUUAUUGUUGUACAGCGAUGGUCUAAACUUCUCUUAGUCGACUUUCCAGCUCUUGGCUGCAGGUCGCUGAAAAGUACUUUGAGCAACUGAGGUACUACCCUUUUUUGAAGUUAAUAAUUAUCACUGAAUUUUUUUAAAUGAAAGGAAUAUAAAGCGCGUUGAAAUAAGCUGUUCAGAACACUCAAAAGGUGGUCGUAUAGCCAUACACGUUCCUAAAAUCGACAUCUAAAUCUACAUCUACAUUUAUUAAUUGACAACGCUUUCGCAUCAAGUCAACAUAAAUUAAAUAAAUUACAAUAUCAGAAAUACAAUAAUAGGAUAAAAAUGAAAUAAAAAUAGAAAUAGAAAAAUAAAAAAUAAAAUUAUUUCUUAAUAAAUAUAAAAUAUACAUGUAUACAUAUAUACAAAUAAGGUAAAUAAUAAUAAAAAAGAUAAAUAAAUGACAGCCAUCAAUAAAUUCUAACGGCUGAGAAACAGUGAUCUUUAAAAAAUGAAAAAUUUGUACUAAUACGAAUGCCACUUGGUAGAGAGUUCCAGUCCCUUAUUGUCCUUGGAAAGAAACUAUAAAAGUAAUAAUCAUGAUUGCAGUUGGCUUGAAUAAAUGAAUCAUUAGAAAAUGAUCUAGUAAAACGCUGUUUAGGUAAAAAAUAAUUAGGUGUAGGCAGUGCAAUCGAAUUAUUAACUGCUAAAUAAAAUAAUUAUAUUCUUUUCAAUCGAUGGGCUUUAUGUCUAUCCUCUAAAAGAUCUAAAUCUAAUGACUGUAGCAUUUCUGUAACGGAAGAAGUUCUGUUAUAGUCUCUUUGAUAAAUCUGGCUGCACGCCGCUGGGCUGCUUCAAUUGAAUCAAUCUGUUCUUGUCUGUAUGGAUCCCACACAGCAGUAGCAUACUCCAAAUUUGGUCUAACAAUGGUUAAAUAAGCUGAACGCGUUGUGUUUUCAGAGCAAGGGUAAAGAUUGCGCCUUACAAAGCCAAGUGACUUUGUUGCUUUGACCACAAUAUUUUCCACAUGAGGAUUCCAUGUUAGGUAAUUAGAUAACAUAACUCCCAGAUAAGGAUGGUUCUUCACGAGAGACAGCCUUUGGCCAUCGAUGUAAUAAUCCAUCAACACAGGUUCCUUCUUCCUAGAUAUCCUCAUCGUAUGACAAUUAGUCACAUUAAACUGCAUCUGCCAUGUCUUGCUCCAAGAUACUAAUAUUAUUUGUCAAUAUCGUUCUGCAGGAUAACACUGUCAUUAAUUGUGUUGAUUGAUCUGUAUAAUAAUUCAUCGUCAGCAUAUAGUCUCAAGGUACUAUCUAAAUUCUCAUGAAUGUCAUUAAUUUUAUAAAUCGUAAGAACAUAAGAGGACCCAAAAUUGUACCCUGUGGUACUCCUGAGGUGACGUUAACAAAGCUAGAAGCUUCACCAUCCACAAUGACACGCUGAAAUCUCUCUGUAAGCCACGAAUUAAUCCAAGCGAGUGUCUUUUGCUGAAUUCCAUAAUGAUUCAAUUUUGAGAGUAAUCUCUUGUGGGGUACCUUGUCAAAGGCCUCCUGAAAUCGAAAAUCUGUAGAUCAAUUUCAGAUCCCUCAUCCAAAUUCUUUGCUAGGUCUUCAAUAGUGAGCAGGAGUUGAGUUUCACAAGAAUGAUUCUUUCGUAAACUAUGUUGUUUGGAAUACAAGAUGUUAUUAUGCUCCAAAUGCUGCAUAAUGCUCUGAUAGAUAACAUGCUCCAUCACUUUACACAAGGCUACAGUUAGAGAUACUGGUCUGUAAUUAUUAGGGUCUUCUUGUUUAGCGCCUUUCUUAAUAAUUGGUACAAUAUUAGCUUUACACCAAUCAGCAGGGAGCUGACUUAAACUAUAAGAUUGAUUAAACAGAAAAAUUACUACAUCAGCAAUUUCAGAAGCAGUAUCCUUAAUAAGUCGAGUAGGGGGAUAUUAUCUGGACCAUUCGCCUUUUUGCAGUCAAGGUUCUGAAGGAGCUUUUUUAUUCCCUCAACAUCAAAAAUUAUUGGAUCCAUACCAGCUGUGUGAAUGUAUCUUUCACAGUGAUAAUAAAUCUUUGGGAGUACAUGUAAAUUGUAUUUCUCUAGGUCUAAUUAUUCCUCGUGGUUUUCCUUUCGGGAAAAGUGGUCCCUGGAUCUUGUCUCGGAAAAGUCGCCGACGGAUGCUCGAGCGUGAUGGCUUGAACAAUAGCCGCAUAAAGAAUGUGCGCAUGUGCCACUACUUAAAAUGUCCAUCAAGCCCGGUUGAAUAUCGUCAUGACAUGUCAGAAUUACGUCAUGAUUCCAAAUUACCUUCUUUAAGUGCCAAAAUCGAGCUGAGAGUAAUCGAUAUCUAGAAUAAUAAUAUUAUAAUACUAAUAGUAAUAGUAAUAACAAUGAUGAUGAUAAUUAUUUAAAAUAAUUCUUGCGCAUGUUACACACAAUGCGCGCAAAAUUAAAAGCAUAAAUAUUAAAUGCUCUUGAAUUUGUAUAUACUAGUACAAGAAGCUAAAGCGUCCCUGAAUAGAUGAGUUUACAGGCUUUUAAAAGCGGUAACAUUAUAGAAGAGAUGAUUAGCUUUAACAUUGUUCAAAAAUUUCCCACAACGAAGUUAUCCCUGUUUUGAGUUAGGCCUUAAAUUGAAAUGUGUAUCGCAAAGAUAUUUUUUCAUCGAACAUGAACCUGAUUUCCUAAGUUUAAGAAAUUUGCUGUUAUAACGAAAGCUCUGUUUUUACAGGGUCCUCUGUGGAAGAAAACAACAACCAAAGAACAGAAUCCCUCUCUGACGAGCAGCUUGUUUUCCAAACUACCCUUGGUAGUAACCCUGAAAGGACAGUUGAUUCUGCAUCAGGGCAUCAAACUAAAAUAUUCAGAAAUACAGACUCUCAGUCUCAAAAUAGCCGUAAGCGUAAACUUUCAGGAUUUUCCUCUGACCCAGGUAUGGAAAUUUUUUCUUGCUGCUUCCCACUCACGUGACUGAAGGGUGAGGUAGAUUUCACAGAGGUGCCUUUUAUGAUAGGGUGUUUCAGUAGUUUGAUCUAUCCCCCCCACCCCACUUCCAGCCUCUGAAUUUUAGCGUUUUAUCAGACCCGAACGGGGUUAAUAGAUCGUUUUCAUGUGACGUCACGGCGGCCAUAUUUGUCUACAAAACAAUAAAUGGUGGCCAAGUUGGUGUACAAAAAAAUUCCUGUGGGAAUUGAGCUCUUCUCACAUGUUAGAACUUUCUUUUAUUCCAAGCAAUUUGCAUAGCUGCUGACCACGUGACUGAAAACGAUCUAUACGUUCCUCAGUGGUGUUGUUUUUACUUCCAGACAUCGUAAUCAGGCACUUUUACCAGGACCUGAGUAAUGAACAGGAAGAAAUAGUCCAUGAAAUUCUAUCACGUCAGAUACAAGUGUACAUCAAGCAUCGCAAGGUUGCAACUCCUGAUGGAGUGUCUGCUUUGAUUGAACAUAUACGCAAGACGUACAACUUGGCCUUGGAAUCUGUUGGUGUGGGUUCUCUGGAAAUAAAAUUUCGGUGUCCCACCGUGGAGAGUCUGGAACAAUUGUGGAGUGACUAUCAGUCUGGUCACCUUAAUGACAUUGCCGAGAAAUACCUUGUGACUGAUGACAUAAGGAAGAGACUCAACUUGGAGAACGUCAGGUUAAAGACAAACAUUGAAGAUGAAAACUACCGGAAUUGCAGGAAGAUCCUAAUGGAAAAGUCACGUAAGUUUGACAGUCCUCGUACAGUUUAAGUUAAUCUACAAUAAACUGAUUAGUACCAUAUGCUCACAAUGGGUCAAAAUUGACGAGGGCACAUUCUUUAUUGAACUUCCCGUUUAAGAUCCAUCCAGGGCCGGGUUGUUCAAAACUGGGUUAGGAUAACCCAGGGUUAGUUCGAAAUUUAAAAUUAUUAUUAUUCUUUUUGUCUACAACUUGAUGAUUGGAUACGAUGAAAAGAAUAGACACCCUAAGAAUUGAGGUUUUUCGGCAUAAACGUCAAGAAGUCACGUGACCAGGGCCUUGCCGUCAGGUUUGCAGUUUGAGGUUCACGUUUGUUCGGCUAGACCACGCUCCAGAGGUAAGUGAUUCACCGCACGGUUUUUUGCACCGUAAAACAUCACAAUUCCACGUUUGAGAAGAAAUACGACUUCUUAGAACUCUUUGGUUAUUGAUUAUCGAAUUCUAUUUCAAAAAAACUUAAUUUUGAAGACAAUUUCUCAGCUAAAAUAGAAGUGAAUGAUUGAAAACAAACAUAGCAGCCGCGAGCUACCAUCCGCGAAUCUUAAGUCCCAAAUAUGGGCAGACGGGUAACGUGAAACCUUUAACCGCAAACCACCCUUUGUCGUUUGCGGUGAAAUGACCAAACCUCGAUCUUAAGGUCUCCACUAGCAAAAAUUAUCGAGGAAAUGCUUUUGAACGAAAGAAAAGGAAACUCGGAUUGAAAUUUAACCCUAGGUUAGCGCUAAUCAACCUUUGAACAACUGGGCCCAGGGUGAAAAGAGACAGAAGUGGGAAGGUGGUAAGUUAAACGCUGAUAACUGCAAAUAAACUGUCAGGUCAGAUGAUGUAAAAGUACUCAAAUCGCACUGAAACUUCGUAAAAACAAAGACAACGACUCCAGGUAACAAUAUUUACACUUUAUUGAUAACUUUUAUCCCUUUUACUUCAUUUAUAUCAUCUAAGUUUCAGACUCUAUUUUCCCAUACAAACUCUCAUAUUACGCUUGGGCCACCUGUGCCUUCAUCAGGGAAAACAUGUGAGUUCGUUAUAGCGGAAAAUUUUAAAAUUUGAAAAUGGGCGCGUAAAAACCAGCGAGUGUGCGCGCGCGCAAGUCACGCGAAAGAGAAAUCUUGAUUGAGUCCACCCGGCGCGAGGGUGCCAAAUUAUGAAUAAAGCGCAUCUCCUCGCGUCUUCUUUUGUCUUGUUCGGGUAGACCAGCUCUAAUCACGGCUACUUGCAUGUCCUCCAGCUGGUGGUCCAUUCCCGCAAAAUGGGCAGGCACGGGCAGGGCCACUUUCUUCUUAAUGACGUCCAAGCGGUGCUCCAGAAAACGGUCGCCAAGUCUACGGGAUGACGGCAGCACCAAGGUCACAUUUGACAAACCGCCACUUAAAGCCUUCCGUCGCGCUAAAAACCUGAAAGAUCUUCUCGUUCAUAGCUCCUUACCGCAAGUUCUCCAACGUCGGAUAGGCACUUUUCCUCAUAAUAGACGUGACUGCCAGACCUGUCCCUUCAUUAACUCCUCUGAACGCAUUUCCACUACACAAGGGCAGAUCAAAAUCUCACGGUUUUUUACGUGCAUCACCAGCCAGCUGAUCUAUUGUCUUUCGCGCCGCAGAUGCCAUGGGGUCGUUUACAUAGGAGAGACAGGCCGUAUACUUGGCGACCGUUUUCGGGAGCACCGGUUGGACGUCAUUAAGAAGAAAGUGACCCUGCCCGUGCCUGCCCAUUUUGCGGGAAUGGACCACCAGCUGGACAUGCAAGUACCCGUGAUUAGAGCUGGUCUACCCGAACAAGACAAAAGAAGACGCGAGGAGAUGCACUUUAUUCAUAAUUUUGGCACCCUCGCGUCGGGUGGACUCAAUCAAGAUUUAUCUUUCACGUGACUUGCGCGCGCGCACACUCGCUUGUUUUUACGCGCCCAUUUUCAAAUUUCCGCUAUAACGAACUCACAUGUUUUCCCUGAUGAAGGCAGCAUUGCCGAAACGUCGGAGUUUUAUUUGCAAUUAUCAGCGUUUAACUUACCACCUUCCCACUUUUAACACGUCACUCAAACGCUACGCGGGAAGCCCCUUUAUUUGUAUCUGAAAAGAGACAGAGUUUGGUGGCCGUUAUAGACUUAUGGAGUAUUUUAUAAUUGAGGGUCCAGCAUUUGAGUAAAAAUAAGGCUGAUGCUUCUGAGAUUGUGAUUACAAUUCUGUAACAGCUUGUACUUAUUACCUGAAAGAUUGAAAAUACGUGACGAAAGUAUGGUAGACUAGAGGUAAUCAUUGAUUAUGGAUCCGCGUUCGUCACUCACGAGGAGUCCAGUUUCCCGGCCAAGGUGCCCCUGAAAAAACGGUAGGGGCGGCUAAUCGGCAGUCGCCCGCGAUACCUCGAAAAUUUGUGGCUUUGUACCACAGGAACACAAAGUUUAGGAUGCGUUUUGACAAACGGGAUAACUAGCUUUAUCUCAUUGUGUGUUAGCAGUGUUAACAAGCAGCAGUGGCUUUUCACCGUCAACUGAAUCAGAUCAAGAAAGAGAGGAUUCAUUACGGAUCGACACAAGCUCAGAUGUUCCUAAGGUGGGAUCUUUUUUAUUGUUUAAUAGCAACUGAGGUCAAGUAAAUCGGAAAACGCUUGUUUUGGAUACUCUAAGUCUCUUCUUAGUUUUCGAGGAUUGUCGAAUUCUCGAAAUCUUAUACUAUUUUUUAGUGCCGCCCGUGAUUUUACAUUGAGGUAUAUUGCUUGCAUCUUUCUAAAUUUGGUCAGUACCAGCUGGUUAUGAAGAGUUAGUCAGAAGACUAAAGCCGCUCAAAAACGGCGAAAUGUUAUGAAUGAAUAACAAAUUUGUUUAAUUAUCCUAGGGUAAGAAGCAGGUUCUGACCCAUAUGGAGAGAGCUGAGAAAGCAAAAGUAAGUCCAAUGGUAUAUAUAUUGUAGUGUGCGCAUGUUGUCCAUUUAAUCAGAGGAAAACAAAUAUGAAAACUUUAAUCAAUGAAAGAUGAAGAAAUUCGACUUUGUCAUAAAUCAGAGCACAGGCUUAAUUAUUAGUGGCAACAUUGUGAUUUUACUGUAUACAACGGCGAGCCCCCUUACAGUAGGACGGCAUGAGGGGACUUCUCACAGGAUUGAUGUGUUAUAAGUGUCUUCAGUAUUUAUGCUGGCUACAUGAGGCUGGGUAAAAGUCGGGAUAUGAGGAUUGGCAACCCGGUAGGUUCGCCCACGAAAAUUUAAACAGUGGCCAUAUUGUUCGAGGUGACAUUUGAACUAGAAAUUUGUGUCCACGCUCAAUCCAUGUGCUGCGCGCUCGAAUUUAUAAACCUCGGCUUUACAGAAAUGUUGAACUUCUCGCGUAAAAUCCAUUAUUAUACAUUGUACUCACUAUCUGUCUUCUAAUUGGCUAAAAGCCUACAGCUAAUUUUGGAAAUCAGCGCAAUCUACAGAUUAGUUAGUUAUCUCCAGAUAACUGACUAAACUGCAGGUUGCGCGCGCAAUACAUGAUUUCUAAUAAGAAUAUCAAUUCAGGUUCCUUGCGGCGAUGUAUUAGUCUUUUUUUUCUUCAAAACAAAGUAUAAUAAAACAAUUAUUAGACUGUUAAUGAUAUAUGAAAUAAAUCAUAUAUGAACUGCGGAAAUGAAAUGAAUAUGAAGAAAUGAUCGUAAAGAAGCCUGAAAAAAAAAAAAAAUCGGGACUUCAACGGGGUUUGAACCCGUGACCUCGCGAUUACCGGUGCGAUGCUCUACCAACUGAGCUAUGAAGCCACUGACGUUGGGAGCAGGUCAAUUGUGGGUUCAUAUGUUCCCGUGAAAGAAAUGAGUGUUAAUGAUAUAAGAAAUAAAUCAUAUAUGAACUGCGGAAAUGAAAUGAAAAUGAAGAAAUGAUCGUCGCAGUCAACGAAAUUAUUAGACUCUAGUUAAGUGUUAUCAGCCUCGACCUUCGUCUCGGCUGAUAAUACUUACCUCGACCUUGAUUACUCCGGAUAUCACAAAAACCUCACCCGAUAAUUGUUUAUUAUUAUACAUUGUACUCAUUAUCUGCCUUCUCAUUGGCUAAGAGCCUACAGCUAAUUUUGGAAAUCAGCACAACCUGCAGAUUAGUUAGUUAUCUGCUAGCAGAUAACUGGCUAAUCUGUAGGUUGCGCGCGCAGUGCAUGAUUUCCAAUAGCAAUAUCAUUUCGGCUCCUUAGCUUGCUACGGUGUGUUUGUCGUUAUUUUCUUCAAAACAAUGUUUAAUAAAACAAUUAUUAGAUUUGGUUUUUGUGAUAUCCUAAAUAAUCAAGGUCUCGGUAAGUGUUAUCAGCCUGGCCUUCGGCUCGGCUGAUAACACUUACUUCGACCUUGAUUAUUCCAGGUAUCACAAAAACCUCAUCCAAUAAUUGUUUAUUACUUUACGUUGAUUGUUUUUCUCAUUACAAUUUAUUAACUUUACCAAAACAAUAAGAUAGGUCACACUACAAAAGUUUAACUACAAUAUAGCGUACAUGAGUACACAGAAAUACAGGCGGGGACACCGCAACAGCGGGGGUCAAUUACUGCGAGCUCAGGACACAGACACAAGGCAUACGAUGGUACGAUGAACGAGAACCAUAAAAAACAAUACCUAUUUUUCUCGAAUUCAAGUUUGUUUGUUUGUUUGUAACAUGAGUUAGGCCUAGAAGAGGCCUGUUAGAUCUGUUAUAACAAAUUAAUGUAAUCAAUAAAAUAAGUACAAGGUGUGUAGGCUGAUGGAUAUGUUAUUCACCUUCUGAUUAAAAAAUAGGCGUCAAGAGGUUCGCUACACAAGGCUGCUAUUAGUGGACAAUGCGAGACGGUUAAAAUGCUUCUUGAAGGUGGUGAAGAUGUGGAUCAAAGAGAUCAGGUUUUACUUAAGUCUUUUUUUUUUUUUUAUCCGGUUAAAGAACUUAAAAGGGUAAUAUGGACCUGACCUUGCUUAUUGCAAGCCUGUACAUGUUUCAUGUACGAUUAUUUUUCUGAUCCCACCUCGACACCUCGCUCUUGCUUCGCAUGAUAUUAGAGUGAAUCGAGCCGAGUUCUUAAACUUUUUCUUUAGUAAACUCACUUUUAAUUCGUCAGGAAAUUUUAGCGUUUUUGCCCCUGUAGACUGUAAAUUUCAGUUUCAAAGUUGAUUUAUCAGAGCUGCGGUUGACCUCUAAAAGGAUCAAAUACAUUUUAACCUCUCUACAACGGCCACCUUGGGACAUAUGAAAGUGGCAUAACAUAACAUAACUUAAAACUUUAUUUAAACUCGAAUUUUAGAGUAGCUAACAAGCUAAUAUCUUCGAGCUGACACUACAUAAAAACUAUAUAGAAAAUAUAUAUAUACAUUAAAUGCAAGGAAAGAAAAUAUCAUUUACAAUUCACAAUUGAAUUGAAAGUGGCCAUUGUUAAGAGGUGACCGUUGUAAAGAGGUGGCCGUUAGCGGAGGUUCGACUGUUAAAAAGGGUGUAAAAUAGCUUUAAGCUUACUCUGUAAAACUAAGUCCAAUAAUUAACAAUUAAUGAAUGAGGCUGAGUAUCUUAUGAAGAAUUAUGGAGAUCGAGGAGGGUGUUAUCCGUCGAGGCCGUAGGCCAAGGCGGAUAACACCCUCCGAAAUCUCCAUAAUUCUUCAUAUAAUACGAAAGCCGAAUUCAAUAAUUGUCUUAUUAUUCAUUCAAAAUAGUUCCUAGUUUAAAAACUAAGCUAAAACAUGCUUACCUCCAUCGAUGUUACAUUCAUCUUAGAUGGUGCACGUUUAGAGUUGUUCAGCUCCGCAAAUAUUCUUCACGUAGCAGAUGUCGCCGUUCGAGUUGUAUUCUUGCUGUUCUUGCCAUGUUUUUAGCUAUAAUUUCGCCCAGUUCUUACUCUUGAAACGAGUGAAAUGUCCGCCACUUCUUGUUUUCAACUCAACCUCAACUCAACUCAACGUCGUCCCCAGGUCUUCUCGGUUAACGGUGCAUUAACCUGCAAGAAGGCUGCACUUUUGACGUCAUCGGUUCAUUAAACGCAAAAUUCUUCCAAAUUUGGUCAUCAGUAGCUGGUUAUGGUGAAUUAUGCUUGUGUUUUUAGCCAAUCAGAAUCGGGAAAAUAUUUUGAAUGAAUAAUAAUGACCAAUAAUUUUGCUAGUUCCCAAUUUUAACCUUCUUAACCUGCUCUGUUUAUCUUUUCGUUAGUUUUCUUUGACUCCUCUUCAUCUUGCCUGUUGGUAUGGACAGGAAUCUGUUGUCAAACUGUUGUUAGAACACGGUGCAAACGUCAAUUCUGAAGACAGGGUGAGUUCAAUCGAUGCUUAAACGUUUGUGGCCUUGAAUAAAUAGGCUGGUUUUUUAAUAAAUUGUGUUGUUGUAAGCUAGGAGAGCAAGAUUUGUGAUUUAUUAAUUGAGGUCACACAUAUUGGCUCUGUUUAGCCCAUUACAAUGUGAAAGUGACCUUUUAUAACAACUCAGGUUUGGUUAAAACACAUUUUGUAACGCUGCGUCACAUCUCAAAUUCUAGUUAUAUCUCUUCUCUUUUAAUGUAUGAAAGUUAUUAAAAAAGUGAAAGAAGUGAAAAAAAAAAUUUUAAGCCCAAAGUGUGUUUGGCGAUUAAUUUUCAUAAGAGUGAAACACUUUUAAUGAUAAUCUGGCUUCACAUCAGGAAAACUAUUUACUUGCAUUAGUUUUAAUAUUAAUUAAGUCGCCUGUGUUAGUUGUUUAAUGACGUUCGUCCUUCUUUUUCUUGCGUGUUGUGAAUAAUACAUUAAUAACCAGGAUAACAAGUACAAUUUGCACUGCUUUUUCUAGUUUCAACGUACCCCUCUGCAAAAAGCGGAACGCCACAAUCAUAACUCAAUAGUGCAGUUGCUCAUGAAUAGUAAUGCGAGGCCGAGUUACCAACAACCGGUAAGAUAUCUGUUAUUUGCUGCAAUUCUAAGAAUAGCAGCAAAUUAUUGUUUUCACGGUUUCAACUCAUUGACAGCUGUCACAGAGACUCAAGAAUAAAAGGGCAGGAUUUUACUGGGGUGAAUCAUUCUAAGCUGACGUAUCGCUGCUUGAUUAAUUCGUUUUUUAUGCCUUUUCCUUUUGUGUACUUUAAAUUUAUUGUAGUUCAUCGUUCAUGUACUCGUAGUUUGGUAUUCUAGUUCAACCUCUCUCCCUCGAGGUUCAUGUUAAGUGUUGGCUCUGCUUUCGGGAGGGUUCAGGUUUCCUCCGUAGAUAAGGGGGUUUUUCCUGCAGACGGGCAGGAGGCACGAUGUUAUCUUUAUUAUAUUAUCAAUCAAAGAACUUUACUUUAGAGUUUGUUACAUUUUUCCUGCUUCACUACCUUUGCAGUAUCUAUGUGUUUCUAUUUGAUGCUUGCAUUACGCUGGGCUUCUAUCCAGUGCAGCAGUUAGUUUUCCUAUUUAACAAGGAACGAUUCAUUGCUUUUAUUGUUCGCCGUUUCAACUACGGGGAAAAGGGAAAAUACACUGCAUGUAAGGAUGUGCCUUUUGGUAAAUUAAAAGAAGAGCUUUUCAUUCAACUAAGAUUCAACGUGUUAAGUAAAGUAAUUAAGAUAUGAAGCCUUGAAGGCUUUAAAAAUAGCAAUAUGGCCAGGGAAAAUGCACUUGCAGAGACUGUUCAGAGAAUUCAGUGUCUCAUUAUCAUGAAAAGUUAUCCUUUGAAAGUGAAGGGUAAAAAUUACCCCUCCUUUUAUUUGAAUUCUGUUUAUCAGUGAAUGGUUGACUGGUUGCUGUGUCGGUUUAAUUCUCGUUUCGAGAAAGGAGCAACAGCAAGAAAUCUAGACCCGUAAACGUGCUUGAGGGAAAGAAUUGUUUCGUACAAGGACAUUCAAGGAGCCAAAAAAGGAGAAUAGUCGCUGUUUUACAAAUAAUUGAUCCAAAAGUAGAUAAGUCCUUUUAUAGCAUUUAAUUGCACCUUAAUGUAAUAUAUUAUCUGAUUUCGCCAGUUUUGAUACAUUUUUUUUGGUUAUAUCAUAAUCAUUUUUUACAAAGUUUAAAGGAAAAUAGCGAGACACACACUCCAGCUUAUUUCUAUGGUGAAACACAUGCAAGCACUUAGUUUGAUUUUGAAAUUAAAGGGUAAGGGCUAACGUCAUCGGAGAGAAGUUAUGGGAAAUGUUCAAAUUUCCCGCGCUUAAAGCUAUUGUUUUACGUUUGUCCUUACAAGGCAAGAAACGAUAAAAAAUAACAAUACAGAACAAUACCUAUUGUUUUCGAAUUCAGGUCGCUUUUCUUGAUACGCGGUCGUGUUCUUUAAAUGUUUAAUUUUUAUUUUACUACUACAGAAUUUCGGUAAACGAAAAAUUCCAAUUGUUGUAUUUUCACUUAGAUUCAGAUUCCAGGUCUGUUAAUUACACUGACUCGCCCUAACUUUUUUAUUGUAGUCAAGGUUAAAGUCACUUGCAGAAAAGGCAUUCUUGAGUGUGGAUAGUCGGUCGGGAUUUAACAUGCUGACAGCGGCUGUCGUUGAAGGGAAUUACGACGUUGUUUUCAAGGCGCUCGCGCUACUCAGUCAUUCAGAAAUAAUGAUGACAGCAGUAGCUGAUACUCUCGCAAAUAGUGAAACCAAAAGGCCUGGUCAUCACAAAAUUGAAAGCCUUUACCGAAGGACAGUGGAAAAAGUCAAUACACUGUCAGAGCUGCACCAGUGUAGCCGCGGUAAUGAUUCGGAGAAGGCGGUAGAGCUUGUAUUAAAUGAUGGCCUGGGUAUAAACACCCCUGGAUUGUGCAAUCGCACACCUUUGUUGUGGGCGAGUUUUUCAUCUUCUGGUAAGUUUAUUCAGACUCUUAUCGACCUCGGUGCUAACGUUAAUGCUCAAAGAACCGAUGACAAAGUUACACCUUUGAUCUUAUCUGCUGGUUGGAACAACUUUAUGGCAGUGUACUUGCUUUUGGAUCAUGGAGCUGAUGCUAAUAUCGUUAAAGCUGAUGGAUGUACUCCACUGCACCUUGCAGUGAUAGAGGGUAACCAAAACCUUGCCAAAUUAUUCCUGGAAAAGAACGCGUUAGUAAAUAGUCAGAAUGCUGAUGGCGAUUCACCACUGCACACAGCUGUCAGCAACGGAUUUUUUGAUAUUACCAAGCUUCUGAUUAAAAAGGGAAGCAACGUCAACCUUCAAAAUAAAGAAGGAAGAACCCCUCUUUUUCUUGGUGCAAAGAACAAACAUGAACAGCUUAUCAAACUCUCGAUUGAAAACGAGGCUGAUGUAACUAUGGGAUACAAGGAAAACUCUACCAAAAGAUUUUACUUAGUUCGAGGGAAAGACAACGGUAGAGCAGCUUGGCAGUAUGUCCUGGUGAAGAAACAUUUACUCGGCUUAUUUCUGAAGCGCGUGAAAGGAGGCGUGAUAAAGGUGGCAGAUUUUGGUGAUAUUCUUCGGAGUGGUUUCGGAAAGGAUCCUCCAGAAGGCACAACUGACAAAAUACUUAAGGAGUAUGACUUUCAGUUUAAAGAAGUACCUGAUACGACCCUUCUUCACAUUGCAAGCGAACAAAUCAACGAACCCGAGAUAAUCGAUCUUUUGGUUAAGUCCGGGGCGAAUGUCAACGCCCAGGACGCUGAAGGGUUUACUCCCCUGCACAUGGCAGCGAUCCAUGGUAAUCUGAAAAUCGUGAAAAAACUUGUUGAUCUCGAAGCUGACGUUAAUAUCGUCACAACCGAUGGAAAGAAUGCUGCUGAGUUAGCUCACUUGAAUGAAGAACUGGAGAUUGAGGAGUAUCUCGAGUUGAAGAUGGCUUCGUCGCAAAGAACCAAAGAAAAAGAAGAGGACUCCGAACUUGCAGACUUACUCAUUGAAGCUUACGGUUUACCUGCUACAUACUAUUUAACAGAAUCCUUCAGGGAACUGAACCUUUAAACUUUAUGUUUUACUUUAAUUAUGUAGACCCGAGUGUUUUACUGGAAAAUAUACCACUUGUAAAAUUCAUAAAAACUACAUCCGGGACCCGAGUGGUUUAUGUUCCAUAAUCUCACACGUGAGUUUAUCGAUGACGUAAUUUCGGUAAUUUCCCUUUAUUAUUUUAUCGAUGUCUCUUUGUCUACAUUACACGGCGGCUUGAAGAUAUGAAUUUUAUUUUCUUGUGGCAAAAACAAUAUUUUACUCACUCGCUGCGCUCGUUCGUAAAAUAUUGUUUUGCUACUCGAAAAUAAGAUUCAUAUCUUUGCGCCACCGUGUAAUAUCCUCUAUAUACUCGCUGUCUAUGGAUAGUCAAAGUUUAGUCUUAAAAGAAUGCGUUUAGACGCUGUUUAAGCCAGGAAUUGGUGCCUUAUCAUUAAGAACCAUUUUAAAUGUAAAUAAAUUAGUCCGUACAUGUAUCUCCUUCGCCCUCGUAUGAACCUUACACACCUGUAGCAACUAAGGCCAGGUUCAAACGUCCGACGUAUCGACAUGUACCGACUUUCAUGCUAAUGAGGAAAAUCUAUUGUUCUCACUCAUUUACAUUAGAUUCAGCACAUAUGAUGCGACCUUUGAACCGGGCUUAAGGAACAAUUUUUAAAUUGUUAGGGUAUUCAUGAAUUUUUGACAGGAGUUUUAUUUCUGUCAAAGUAGAGUUAGAAUUUAAACCAGUUGGAUUCCCUCUCGUUACUGAGUCAUAAAGACAUAAGAG